AUGAAGGCUCAACGGUCCCUCACCACCAACUUGGUCGGGUGUUUGCUCCCCUUAUUGGGGUCAUGCCAGGGUACCGCGAAUUGGAUCUCGGUGGGCGAUGAUGGCCCUUCCUUUACUCUGUCUUCUGCCAACAUCUCGUACCAGUUCCAUGUUGAUCCGUUGACAUUGGACCUGGUCCACGAUCAUUGGGGGGCUUAUUCGGCUGAGACCGUCCCGGAUUUUAACGGAGUAACGUCUGGAUGGAGUGGUCCCUACACCUACCGUCGCCGCGAAUUCCCCGACCUCGGCCGUGGAGAUUUCCGAGUCCCCGCAAUCCACAUCCAGCACUCCGACGGAGAUACCGUGUCCGCAUUCUCCUAUACGGGCUACGACAUUAGUCCCGGCAAGCCCUCUCUCCCAGGUUUACCUGCCACCUACGGCAGCGAAGGGGAUGUAUCAACGCUCACCGUGCACCUAUAUGACAACUACUCCGACGUCUCUGCGGACCUGUACUAUUCUAUCUUCCCUAGGUACAAUGCAAUUACCCGUAGUUUCCAAAUUGCGAACAAUGGAAGUCAAGACAUCACGGUGUUGAGGGCCAGCAGUUGGAGCAUAGAUAUGCCGAAUGAGGAGCUUGAAAUGCUUGAUCUUCACGGCGACUGGGCUUCGGAGGCAAAAAUUAAUAGGCGGCCGGUUGUCUACGGAGAACAAGGCUUCCGCUCCUCAGCGGGCUACUCGUCUCACUUCCACAACCCUUUUGUCGCUCUAUCACCCCCGACAACUACCGAGUCUCUUGGUUCAGCGACGGGGUACUCUCUAGUCUACACCGGUUCGUUUUCCGCCGACGUCGAGCGGUGGUCUACUGGUUGGGUUCGAGUUCUCCUUGGUCUGAACCCUUUGCAUCUCUCAUGGCCCGUGGCUCCGGGUGAAACGUUUACAUCACCUGAAGUGGUUUCCGUCUACUCGGAACAGGGUCUGGGUGGAAUGUCAAGAUCUUUCCAUUCACUCUAUAAAAACCACUUGUCUCGGUCGAACCACACGUUCGAGACACGGCCACCCCUAUUGAACUCGUGGGAAGGCCUUGGUUUCGACUUUAACCAGUCAUCAAUGGUGAAGUUGGCCGAGGAAGCUGCAGGCCUAGGCUGCACCUUAUUUGUCAACGACGACGGUUGGUUUGGCACAGAUUAUCCCCGAAAUAACGACAGCUUAGGUCUAGGUGACUGGACUCCGAACCCAGCCAAGUUCCCGGAUGGCCUGGGGCCUUAUGUCGAACAAGUGGACAAUAUCACUGUCAGCAAUUCUUCCGAACACAUGCAAUUCGGACUUUGGGUCGAGCCGGAAAUGGUCAGCCCCGAUUCUGACCUAUAUAAAGCGCAUCCGGAUUGGGCCAUGCACGCGGGAACUCACAACCGUACGCUACAGAGAAAUCAACUGGUCUUGAACCUAGGUCUUCCGGAAGUGCAGGACUAUAUCAUCACAAUAAUAGAAGGGAUACUCGAUUCUGCUCCCAUUCGAUACAUAAAAUGGGACAAUAACCGUGGUAUGCAUGAGAUGCCGUCUCCAUCUGCAAAUCAUGCGUACAUGCUAGGGCUAUACCACGUCAUUGACAACCUCACAACUGCUCAUCCAGAGAUCUUAUGGGAAGGAUGCGCUUCCGGAGGAGCUAGAUUUGAUCCUGGCCUGCUUCACUAUUGGCCCCAAACCUGGACGAGCGACGACACGGACGGUUUAGAACGGUUGUACAUUCAAUUUGGGACGUCUUACCCCUAUCCACCUUCGGCAAUGGGCUGCCAUGUCAGCGCCGUUCCCAACGGUCAGACUGGGCGCACCACCCCUUUGGCUUUCCGAGCAGCAGUGGCAUCUAUGUGCGGAUCUUUCGGUCUUGAACUAGAUCCUUCUAAGCUGGACCAAGAAGAACUCGAUGCGAUCCCAACACUAAUCGCCACGCAACAAAAGAUUAAUCCCAUCGUCAUUAAUGGUGAUUUCUAUCGCCUUGCGCUGCCAGACCAGUCCAAUUGGCCCGCUGCUAUGUUCGUCUCCCCAGAACUCGACUCUGCUGUCCUAUUCGCAUUCCAAGUCCGCUCCGCUCUUAAGCCUCUACCACCCCCACUGAAGUUACAGGGUCUGGACUCGGGUGCUAAAUAUAAGGUUAGCAACGGGACUUGGGAGCAGAGCUGGUCCGGCUCGACUUUAAUGAAUACCGGGUUGAGUUUGACUUGGCCGCAGGCUGAUUAUGAGAGCAUAAUCUUGACUUUUGAUAAACAGUGA